CCCCCGGGGGGCGCAGGUGGGCGCUGGAGCCCCCUGAGCGGGGCCCGGCUGGAGGAGAUGGUGCGCGAGGCCACGCGGCUGGCGGCCCAGCUGCAGCAGUGCCACCUGCCCCCGCUGGCCCCCGGCCCGGCGGGGGGGGGGGCAGCCCCCGCAGCCCCCGCCGCGAGACCUUCGUGGUGAAGGACAGCCCCGUGCGGGCGCUGCUGCCCACCGUGCCCCCCGCCCGCGAGGACACCCCCAGCUGUCACCCCCCACCGGCACCCAAGGGACCCCCGCCUGGGGGCAGGGGGACCCUUGGCCGGGGCGCCCCCCCCCGGCUGUGCCCCCCGCGUGGGGCGGGGGCUGCGGCGCGGGGCAAGUCUGAGCCCCUCCGGAAAGGGACGGCAGGCCAGCCAAAGGCGAGGGGUGGCGGUGCUGCCGCCCCCCCGACCCGUGCACCCCGCACCAGGGCCACCACCGCUGCCGUCCCCGUCCCCAGCAGCCGCCCCCCCCCCGCCCAGCGCCAUCCCCAAGCCCCCCGGCCGGGCUGGGACGUUGGGGACGGCGCCGGGUGGGAGGGGACCCCCGCGGGCCAGCGUGGCAGCACCGAGAGUUUCCCCGUGCCUGCUCUCCCCCCAGGUGCAGGGGCGGCCCCCGGGGGGGCUGGCUCAGGGUGCCGACCAGCCCCCCCCCGGCAGCCGCCUGCGCCCACCCCGGAAGACGACGGGCAGCAGCACCCCGCG